AUGUUCGAUUUGAAGAGUUCUUCGCUACGACCACGACCAACGACAACCGCCACUUCGGGCAAGCUCCUUCUUCUUGGUUCUCUUUUCGCGAUGAUGAUAAUGAUCAUCAGUGCAUCUUGUAUCCAAGCUCUAGAACAACCCACGCUCUCCAUCUCUUCAUCAAAUACAUUUAAUCCUUCCAAGAAAUUCUCUUCACGAGUUCCGCAACGAAAGAGGCAACAACAAGCCUUCUCCACCAUGUCCUCUUCAUCAUCUAGAAGUAUUUCCAUCGCCGGAGGAAGUGUCGCCUCGUCUCACGAGUUUCCAUUCAUUGUUUCUAUUCAGCAAAUUUUGAGCAGUACCGUGUCGGCACAUUUCUGUGGUGGAUCCGUGAUAGCUCCAAAUUAUAUUUUGACUGCAGCUCAUUGUGUCUAUGACGACAAUGGAAACCUUAUUUUACCUACCACUGUUCGUGUCUUUGCUGGAAGUAGCAGUAGUUCUUGUUCCAAUCUUGCAAACUGUAACUAUAAGAAUGCACAAGCCAUCUAUCCACAUCCGAAUUACAAUUCCAAUACCUUAGAGAAUGACAUUGCACUGAUUAAACUUUCUGGAAAUUUACAAAUAGAUGGAACCAAUACGAGAUUGGCUUACAUCGAAAGUGGUUCCGUUCCAUUGACAAAGAAUUUUGCUGCCACUGUCGCUGGAUGGGGAUAUAUUGAUUCGACGAAUACUGUACAAACCAAUUUAAUGAAAGUACAAGUUCCAGUACAACCAGCAAGCGUUUGUAAUGGAAGUCCAUUGUAUUUGGGAAUGUCCUCUCCCAUGCAAGUAUGUGCUGGAGAUGGUGCUGGCCAUGAUGCUUGUCCAGGAGAUUCAGGAGGUCCUCUCUUCCGUUCUUUUAACUCUUCGACCAAUGAUUUUGUUGUGUUUGGAGUUGUCAGCUAUGGUCCUGAUGGUUGUGGUGCUGGAUAUGCUACUAAUCGAGGUGUUUAUACCAACACAACCUAUUACCUUAAUUCUUUCAUCAAACAAUAUGUUCCAUCUGUGCAAACGAGCUCAUAUUCAUCAUCAUCUGGAGGAGGAUCUGUCACGCCGGCUGUCUCUUCACCAAAACCUCAAGCAUCUUCCAACAAUAAUUCAUCCUCUCCAAUUUCUACUUCGACCAGCAAACCAAAAGGAUCAACCAAAGUUUCCAUGGCUCCAUCGAUUGUUAAACUUCACUCUUACGAUGACGUACAUGGACAAAAGGACGUUGGAUUCGAAUUCGUUGGUGCGCUCCAAAUGUCGCUCUCAAACAGAAAAGGUCUCGAGUUCCAAUUCGAUACCAACACAUACGAAAAAAAACAGCAAUCUCACAUGACACGCUCAUCAUCGUGGUUAUUCGUAUCUCUAUUGGCGAACGCUCUCUUUGUGGUUGUCUUGAUGGCUACCAGUUGUCAUGGAAAACAACUGAGUGUAUUCACAAGUAAAAAUUCCGAAUCAAAGAAGAGAAAUGCCUAUAUUGCUGGAGGAUCGUUGGCCAGUGAUAAUGAAUUUCCGUUUUUGGUUUCUAUUCAAUUGAUAGAUUCAUCAGCAACUUCUACGACACAUUUUUGUGGAGGUUCAAUCAUUGCUCCGAAUGUUAUCUUGUCAGCAGCUCACUGUUUUUUCGAUGGUAAAGGUGCUCCACUCUCUCCAAGCACUGUUCAAGUCGUUGCUGGAAGAACCAACAAUUAUUGCCCAGACAUUUCUCAAUGCAAUUACGGCAUUGCUCAAUCCAUUCAUGUUCAUCCCAAUUACAAUCAACAAACUCUCUUGCAUGACAUUGCCAUCCUCGUACUCGAUCGAAAUUUACAAAUCGAUGGCUCUUCCACUCGUUUGGCAUUUAUCGAAAGUGGUUCCGUUCCAGUCACGAAAAAUUUAGCCGUUCAAGUGGCGGGAUGGGGAUAUAUUGAUUCGACGAAUACAGUUCAGACCAAUUUGAGAAAAGUGAGUGUUCCUGUGGUGAGUGCUGCGACGUGUAAUCAGGGAGCAACAUUUCCCAAUCAAAUAUGUGCUGGAGAUGGAGCUGGACAUGAUUCUUGUUCUGGAGAUUCUGGUGGACCUCUUUUUCGAGCACUUUCUGGAACAAAAGAUUUUGUCGUGAUUGGUGUUGUUUCUUAUGGUCCUGCUGGAUGUGGUGCUGGUUAUGAAACCAAUCGAGGAGUGUAUACGAACACGACGUAUUAUUUGGAUUCUUUCAUUAGGCAAUACGUGUCAUCAUCGACAUUACAAACCAAUGCAUACAAUGAAACUAAGGUGGAAGAUUCAUCGUCCAGAACCUCAAUGGCUUCGAAAAUGAGUUGUGAACUGUUGUUGUUAUGUUAUGGGAUGUUGCUAAUAUUGAGUCUUGUCAUGGCCCAAUUGGUCUUGUAA